AUGGGCUCCUUAAGAUCCUUCAUCAAGGCAGUGCGUAAAGCCAAGACAAUUGCAGACGAACGUGCAGUCAUUCAAAAGGAAUCGGCCGCAAUCAGAACAUCCUUUAGAGAUGUCAGUCUCGACCAAACAACGAGGCGAAUAAACAUUUCCAAAUUGUUGUACUUGUACAUCAUGGGAGAAAAGACGCAUUUUGGUCAAGUGGAGUGUCUCAAGCUACUUGCAUCUCCACGUUUUGCUGAUAAACGAUUGGGGUAUUUGGCAUGUAUGUUGAUUUUGGAUGAGAAUCAGGAAGUAUUGACAUUGUUGACAAAUUCAUUGGACAACGACAUGCAACACCACAAUGCAUACAUCGUUGGGUUGGCUCUUUGUUGUCUUGGAAACAUUGCAUCUCCAGAGUUGGCCCGUGAUUUGUAUACCAAUGUGGAAACCAUCAUUGAUACCAAGAAUAACUUUUUGAGGAAAAAGGCAUGCUUUGUUGCUGCGAAAUUGGUGGAAAAGGAGCCGGACUUGUCCGAGUUUUUCUUACCAAAAGCAUUAGACUUGAUCAAUGAAAAAAACUCAUCGGUGUUGUUGGGGACUUUGAGAUUGAUUGAAGCUUUAUAUUAUGCCUCGCAUGAAAGUCGACCAGAUUUGAUCAAGACGAUGCCCAAAGUUGUGGGACAUUUGAAAAGAGUGGCGACAAUGGGGUACCAGCCAGAUUACGAUGUCAUGGGAACCACUGAUCCAUUCUUACAAGUGAGUUUGUUGUCCGCGAUAAGAACCUUGGCUAGGGAUUUGCCUUUUUCGGAAGAGAUUAAUGAUAUUUUGACGCAGGUUGUGUCAAAUUUGGAUAGUGGUAAAAAUGCCGCCAAUGCAAUUUUGUAUGAAUGUGUCAAGACCAUUUUUGCCAUCCAGUCUGAUCAAUCGUUAAAGAUUUUGGGUGUUAAUAUCUUGGGUAAGUUUCUUGCUUCAAAGGAAAACAACACUCGAUAUGUUGCUUUGGAUACGCUAUUGAGCAUUGUUGAUGUUGAGCCUUUGGCAGUCCAGAGACACAGAUCGACUAUUGUCAAUUGUUUGUCUGAUGGGGAUAUCUCAAUCAAGAGAAGGGCAUUGGAGUUGUCAUUUGGAAUUAUGAAUGAACAGAAUAUCCGAGUUUUGGCUAGAGAAAUUUUGACGUUUUUGGAAGGGUGUACCGAGCAAGAGUUGAAGUCGUAUGUGACUUCGCAAUUGACCAUUGCUGCUAGCAAAUAUUCUCCAAAUGACAAGUGGCAUUAUGAUACAUUGAUAAGGACUCUUAGAGCAGGAGGUAACGCGCUAACACCCGAUAUUAUCUCCAAUAUACUUGCAUUGGUAUUACAAUGCAACGACCAGGAGUUGAAGAAGCACGUUGUUGUCAAAUUGUUUUCGUCGUGUUUGGAAAAUGAAAACCAGUUUGGGUUGGCAUUGGUUGCCAUUUGGACCUUGGGUGAAUAUGGAGAUUUGAUACUUGGUGGUCACAUUGAAGUUGGUGGCAAACAGGAACAGGUUACAGAGGAUAAAAUUGUUGACUUGUUUACUGAGUUGCUUGAGAAUUCAACAUAUUCUACACAAGAGCAUAUCCAAUUGACUGCAUAUGUCUUAACCUCGGUGUUGAAAUUAUCGGUGAAAUUCAAAAACGGACAAGUGAUUGAGCAGUUAAGGCGGAUAAUAAACUCCAAGACAUACGACUCGAAUUUGGAGAUUCAAAUCAGAGCGGUUGAGUAUCAAGAAAUUUUCGGUCAAGAUGCAGCGUUGAAGCGUGGUUUACUUGCCAAGAUGCCGGCACCGCCAGUUAAGGAGCGUGAAUCAUUGAAGUUGCACAAACCAAGUGCCCAUAAUAAGAGGAGCGAAAAUGGUAAUGGUAAUGGUAAUGGUAAUGGCGCCGUUUCUGGGGGGAUCACUGCAAAUUCUGCUCAAGAUGAUUUACUUUUGGACUUGAUUGAUACCGAAGAUGGCCUAGAGACAGCUAGUAACGAUAUUCUAUCGGAUAUUUUUGGUGGAGACAAACCCAAGAGUCAAGUGCUGAGUAAGAGUUUUAAUGCCGCUAAGGAGAUGGUUGCAUUUGAAAAUGCAAAUAUCAGAGUGUCAUUUGCUCCCGGGAAAUUUGCCAAUGGUAACGCAACAGUGGAGGCAGUAAUCAGGUCUCAAACACCAAGCACGAUUGAUCAAUUCCAAUUGUUGAUUGCGGUACCCAAGACUCAAAAAUUGAACAUUACAUCAACUUCGGGUGGAGAUACCUUGAUUUAUCAGGGCAAUGAGAUACGCCAAGUAUUGAGAGUGUCUGGACAAGCAGGUGCCAAAUUGAAGCUCAGAGUUAAAGCUAGGUAUAGACACAAUGGUGGUGAGAUUGUUGAGGACCAGUUUGAUUUCGCCGGGUUUAAGGAGACCUUAUAG